AUGUUUCACAAUACCCCAGCUAUGUAUGUAUUGAAUUUGUCUGCUCAAAUUCAUCAGGCUCGAACUCAUAAUUUCCAGCACGUCAAGGUUCCUGCAGGGCCAAAAAUUCCAGAAUCAACUUGUGCAAAAUCAUUUGAAGCGAAGGACUCCCAAGGAGUUAUAUGGAUAUGGAUGUCUCAUAAAAAGACACCAAAUGCUUCUGGUAAAAAUCAAAGGUACAAGAAAAGAAGUAGAACUAAAUCCGAUGGCUCGGAAAGUCUUUCCGAUAUUGAUGAUUCUGAGGUUAAGAAACAAAAACCAGCAACUGAAACAAAGAAAACUACCUCUGUAGGGAAAGCUGUUAAAACCACCAAGAAAUUGGAACAGCAGAUGAGAAGUUCGAGAAUCAAUUAUGAUGCUUUGAGACUCUUAAAUGAUGAUACGGAACAAGGUUCUGGAACGGCAAACAAUAUCGAUUUGAAACUCGAUUCUUGGAGAAAUGACGAUUCACAGAACGAAAACACUACCACACUCAAAAUGCAAAGAUCUGAAGAGGGCAAUUAUGAUGAAGACGAAGAUCAACAGCAGAUCACUUGUGGCGAAGAUGAUGUUAUGUUCGGUCAUCAAUGUCUUACGGAAGAAGUGAAGGGGCAAAAGGAAGUGGUGGUGUAUUAUGACUGGACAGAAGAAUGGCAUCCACUUUAUCUGACUAAAAAUGUGCCAGAAGAUGCCCCUUUGGGACUCACUGUUUUUGACCAGAAAGUAGUUUUUGUAUAG